AUGCGAACCGCCCUGACAGCCUCGAGCAUUCUGCUCGCCGCUGGCUCAGCCACGGCUAACUCCAUCGAGGUGUUGGCUGCUCGCUCCAUGACCCUCGUUGGUUGCUACAGUAGCAGCGACGGCCUUACCAAUCAGACAUCAUACACAUUCCAGAGUUCUGGAUGGUGCUAUGACCGUUGCACUGGAUAUAAUGCUGCCGUGUUCGCCUUGACGGCAGGCUCCGACUGCCUCUGUGGUGACGAACUGCCUCCCUCAUCAGCAAAGGUGGCCAAGGGAAAGUGCAGCACAGCCUGUGAUGGUUGGCCCCAAGAUAUGUGCGGUGGUGAUGGUUUCUACUCAGUUUACACAACCGGCCUGGAGAGUUCCGUAUCUGCAGCCUCAGCAUCGGCUUCCAGCGGUAGCAGCACCGACGAAGCCACGGCUUCCAAGACGGAUGCUAGCGCCGCUUCCGUCUCUACCGAUUCUGGUGGCCAAACGGUCGUUGUCACUGCCGCGAGCGAGCAGAAAACCACCGACGAGGCAUCCAAGGUUAAGAGCAGCCACAACACUGCGGCUAUUGCGGCCGGUGUGGUGGUUGGUGUUGUCGGUGUGGCCGCUCUGGCCGGUGCUAUCUUCUUCUUCUAUCGGUCGAAGAAGCAGAACGCCGAGGGUGGCUUCCGUGGUACGACCGGUGGCUACGGCCGUGAUUCGCAGCCACCAUCCAUGUCGGACUCCCGUUUCGACGGAGACUACAUGGCCCAGCGCCGUCAGAGCAACGGUAGCAUCGAUGAUGACCAUGAUUUCUCUCGCCGAAUCCUGCAGGUCACCAACCCUGACCGUCGCUAA